AUGUCUACUCCCACCACCGCUACCUGGCGUGGAGGCGUCGCCGACCUCGUCUCGGCCUUGGCCGGCGCCGACAUCAGCGACGACUCGUCGCCUUCGUCCCCGCCUCCCCCCUACCGUCCCUCAUCGCCGGAUAGCCAGGCUUUUGCCACCUCGGCUGCGAGCUCCCCCUCCCGCAUCACGUCCGACGAGGCCAACCCAGCCGACCCCAUCCUCAGAUCCUCCUCGCCCCACUCACAUCCCGACAACGAGGCGACAAUCUCCAACCCUAACCCUCGCCCCUCGCUCGACCAGGGCUCGGACGACGCCGACGCCGUCCCCAACCCCGGCCCCUCAUCUCGCACUUCGAACGAGGGCAUCCCCGUCGCCGCCGCCCACGGCCGCUCCCCUCGCUCUUCGUUGGACAACAGCAACCCGCCCGCCUCGAUCCCCAGGCCUCAGCCCUCGGACGCCGAUGUCAGCCCGACCGCCGCCGUCCCGGGCCCCUCAUCGCGCCCUGCGCUCGACACCCAGGCGACCUCGCAAGCAUCCACAAACAACGCCGCCGCCCCGGGCCUCUCGGCGAAGACCAAACUCUCGAGAAGCGACUGGGCUCGCAUCAAGCCCCGCGGCCCGGACGGCCGCUUCAUCAAGAGUCCCGCGGAGUGA